AGGGAAGAUACUUAACACAUCCAAAACCAAUAGCAACACAAAGAAGAAAAACGUUUACUCUCUACUCUAUAGUUUAACAUAAAAUUAUCUUUAGUAAUCAUAAAAACAUGGCAAUGCUCAAAAACAAAAACAUGGCCUUCUCAUUGAUCUUGAUGUGUCUCGUUGUGGUGUCUCCAAUGGCUAAUGCUCAGCUUCCCGGGCUUGGUGGGAUUCUUGGCCUUCUCAAUAUCGUCAGAAUCGAUGGGCUUGUCUCGUGCUCUCUCAAUGGCAGCGUCUCUACCUCUAAUGCGACUUCCCUUCCUCCUCCUUUCCCUAAUGCGACCGUUGCGAUCCAGUGCCUUGGGCAAACUGUUGGAACUGGAACGACCAACACCGCUGGAAUAGUGUCGUUGAACGGACUUUUGACCUCUAUUCCCUUACUCCUCUCCAACGGUUGUAGGGCCGUCCUCACGACCCCUCUCUCCAGCUGCAACGCCAGCCUCCCUAACGUAAACCUCACCGCACCGAUAACUCUCGUCGGAACCACAUUUAAUGAAGGCAUCAACAUCAUCACAUUCAUCAUUGGCGCCUUUAACCGCAUCCUUGCUUAACUGAGUCUAAACCAUAUGCUUUAUAGUUCGAUUACGGUGUGUGUUUCCCUUCUGUUGUUCUAUGUUUUUCAAGUGUCUUGACCAAUAUCGUUUGCUUGCGUAUGCAUGAAUAAGGUCUAUAUCAGGUUUAUGUCUCCAUUUUCAAAGUACUGCGGUUGUAGCUUCUUUUUUCCAGGUCGUAGUGUGUAUGCAUAAUGCUGCAAUAAAAAAAUGUAAUGAAACUGAAAUAAAAUCAUUUCUCUCUUUUUCAUAUUUUU